AUGUCGGUGUACACUCAAUAUGUAAUGAAGCCGGCAAACGCCUUCACGGCGGAUUUGAUACGGGCAGUGCCCACCUUUGUGGCCCUUCGGCUUUCAUGGGCCCAUAAUACUCCAAAGAGUCUAGGCAUGGAGAAGUUCAUCGAAGAGCACCUUCCCAAAAUUAGGUCAAACAACCCAGACGUGAAAUAUUAUCUGCAUCGUUCUUACACGGACUUUGACCCCUUCGUUGUUGGAGAGUACAAAUGGAACCGCCAUCGUAAGAAGCGGGUGGACUUCAAGCACGAGCUCCAGAUUCUCGGCAUGGUUGAGGAGAUGAUGGCACAUACCGGCGACUACAGAGAGGGUCUACGGCGAAGAGUUCAGCAACGAUUGCCCAGGGGUCAAGAGAUCUGGGACACUGAAACGAUGGGUCAUGAUGUUUUUGAAGUGCACAGCAAGUGGAAGGCGGAUGCCGAAGACCUGAAGCGCCAGAAGACCAAGGAGCACCCGCAUUUUGUCUACAGGAAGUACCCAAAA